UAAACAGACAAUGGUAUAAAUAUCUUGCCUCCUAUGGAUAUAGUGGUACGUGCCAUUUUAUCGUUCCUUUCCCCGACAACAUGGCCGAUAUUUUUCCGCGACUGUGGUACCCUCUAUCUGCCGCCGGUGCGACCACCGGACUCAUCCUCCUAUUCAGAGAUUACAUACAGGGUGAAAGAUGUCCCAGCAAGGCUACCAUGGAAGGAAAGACAGUCAUCAUUACAGGUGCCAACAGUGGGAUAGGCAAAGAAACAGCAAAAGAGCUGUCAAAAAGAGGGGGUCGUGUCAUCAUGGCCUGCAGGAACAUGAACAAGUGCCAGGAGGCGCGUGACCAACUUGUGCAGGAGACAGGAAACCAGGAUGUCCACUGUCAACAAGUGGAUCUCGCCUCCUUCGAAUCCAUACGGAAGUUUGCUAGCAGAAUAAACAAAAGUGAACCGAAGGUGGAUGUGCUCAUUAACAAUGCGGGGGUGAUGCGUUGUCCACACUGGAAGACCGCCGAUGGCAACGAGUGGCAAUUCCAAGUCAACUAUCUAAGUCAUUUUUUACUUACCAACUUGUUAAUGGACAAGCUGAAAGCUGCUGAGCAAGGGAGAAUCAUCAACACAUCCUCCAUAGCACAUGCACAAGGCAACAUCAAUUUCGAUGACAUCAACUCUUUACUGAAGUACGAGGACGUGGAAGCGUACAUGCAGAGCAAACUGGCCCUGGUCUUGUUUACGCUGGAGUUGAGCAAGAGGCUGGAAGGUACCAGUGUCACAGCAAACACGGUGUACCCCGGUGUAACAAAAACCAACAUAGGUCAGCACCGACUCACCAAGGCUCAGUCCAUAAUGACCAAACCCUUUAUGUGGUUCACACUACGAGAGCCAAAACGAGCGGCCCAGACCGGCGUGUAUUUGUCUGUCGCUCCUGAGGUGGCUGACAAGACAGGAAAAUACUGGAAGGACACAGUUGCACAUGACCCCGCCCCACCAGGCAGGGAUGAAGACGUGGCCAAGAAACUCUGGGACCUAAGUCUUGAGAUGACAGGACUGACGGAAGAUUUUUCUAGAAAUGACCAAAGCAAAGAGGAGAAAGCAUCAUGAUGACGAAAAAAUUAGGCAGGCAUUAUGAACUAUAAAUAUAGCAGCAUGAUUCUUGAGACUUUUUGUUUUAAAAAUGGCUUUAAUUGCUUUUAUUGCAAAGUUGUAAAGGGUUCAUACAAAAACAAUGCUUGAGACAAAUUGUACAUAUCUGAUAUAAAAUCAACUGAAAUAUAGGACUUGGUAAGGUUUUAAUAUUGCACUAUUAAUGAAAAGACAAAACUUUGAGGAACAUACCAAUACCACAAAUCAAUGCACAACAUCUAUGAAAUACCAAGACAUACCUACCCACAUUUACAGUAAUGUUAUAAUGAAUAUUAUUUUGGCACUGAGAAUAAACCAUCUGUUGGUAAGGUUAUAAAUUAUAA